ACAUAGUAUAAAAAAAUGUUACGUUUGAGUACUUGGAUUAUUAGUCUAUUAAUUUUGUUUAGAACAAUUUUGACGGAGGAUUCAAUGUGGGAUGAGAAGUUAAAUCAUUAUGCUCCACAUGAUCGUGUUUACACUUCACGUACAGGAAGAUUUGGUUUCGACUUACUAGAAAAUUUACGUAAAAAUUUCUGUCAUUCGUUUUGCAUGUCUGCAGAUAACAUGCCAUAUUUCAAAAAUCUCAUGUGUGCUGUAAAAUGUCCCGAAUUGUAUUUACCGCAUUCGACUACGACUUCAAUGUUAACUUCAACUUCAAUGUUAACUUCAACUGCUCAAACAAUCACGACAACAGCUGCUACAUCAUCACCAACAAUUCCUGUAUCGCAGGGGACCUCUGAGCAACAAACCCCUAAGGAACAACCCUCCUCAACAACAACGGUUUUAACACCAACCACUUCAACAACAAACGCUUCAACUCCGUCAACCUCCUCAACAAUGCCCUAAGGAACAACCCUUCUCAACAAUUCCUCAACCGCAACAAUCUUAAAUUUAUAUAAGUACAAUAAUAC